AUGGCUGCUUGUAACGGCACGGAGUCGUGGGUUCGGGGCGGGGAAAAGUUUAGAGGACAUCGACUGCUUCCUGACAUUCUCGAUUACUACGCCCAUGACGAGCCCGAUCGCGUAUUCGCUGCUAUCCCCAAGACGAAGAGCGUCAUGGAUGGUUACAAAGACAUAAGCGUGAAAAAGAUGGCGACGGCAGUAGACCAUAUGGCUUGGUGGCUUGAACGCGCUUUUGAGGGAGUGCCCAAAAAGACAACACUGGCCUACAUUGGCCCUCCUGACCUCCGCUACCCCAUUUUGCUGCUGGCGCUCAUGAAGUGCGGGUGGAAUGCAAUGUUCGUCUCUCCUCAAAACACCCCCAUCCAGAAUUUGGGCCUUUUGCAGGAAGCAAACGUCUAUGGCCUUCUCUAUGCGGACGUCAUGUGCUCGGCAGCAGAAAGUCUUCAGCAAUUCGACCCCUUCAUGCAAUCUUUGCCGGUGCCAACACUGGCCGAGCUUUUCAAGUCCAAGUCCCCUCCAUUCCACUGGAAUGCUUCUUUUGAAGAAUUCCAGAACAAGCGCUGUCUGAUUCUGCACACUUCCGGCACAACAGGCCAGCCAAAACUGGUCCAAUACACCCACGGCACUCUCGCCUGCGCUGAUAAUGAUACAUUCAUGUCUGUCCCAGAGGGACGUCGUGCGCAGAAUGCAGAUCAAUUCAAUUUCUCUCCACCAGGACGCUAUUACUCCCCUUUUCCGCCUCACCACCUCGCUGGCCUCCAUGCAUUCACCCUUUUGCCUCUCAUCUCACGUACGGCUGCUUUCGUCAUGGGUCCUCUUACUGUCCCACCAAGCGGGGCCCUGCUGAGCUCCAUCAUGAAACAACAGCCGCAGAUACGAGCCAUCUAUGUUCCCCCAUUUCUGGUAGAGCAGUGGAUGCUUGAGCCAGAUGCUUAUGACCAGGCACGACAGCUUGAUUUCAUCCUUUGUGGUGGAGCGGCGUUGGCACCUAGUGUUGGGAAUAAGCUCAGUGAGGUAACAAAUAUACGCCAGAUGUAUGGCUCUAUUGAGACAUGUCACAUCCAGGCGCUCAAUCCCCAGCCAGGAGAGUGGCAAUAUAUCGAGUUCAACAAUCUGCCGGAAAUUGAGAUGGAGGCUGUGGGUGAUGACGUCUAUGAGCUGGUUCUGCACCCAGCCGAGAGCUCACGGCCAUAUCUAUCCCUUGCUCAUAAUUAUCCCAAGGUACACACGUGGCGCACUAAAGAUCUAUUUAAGCCUCAUCCCACCAAAGCUGGUUUGUGGCAUUUUCAUUCGCGCACCGAAGAUAUAAUCGUGCUGGAAAAUGAGCUCAAAGUGUGGCCUAUUCCCAUGGAGACUAUCCUGAGAGGAGAUCCUCAUGUUACAGGGGCUUUGAUUGUGGGGAAUGGUCGUCCCGAACCAGUGCUUCUCAUUGAAGCCAGGCAAAGCUCCUAUCAAGAAAUGAGUAGAGACGAGCUACUGGACGCCAUUUGGCCAUCUGUCGUCGAAGCCAAUUCCGUUGCCUCCGAGCACGCAAAAAUCCAGCGAUCCCGGAUUGUUUUGUGUCCACCGCAGCUCGGGUUUUUCCGGACACCUAAAGGGACGGUCAUGAGGAAGCCAACCGAGUCCCUGUAUGCCGAACUGAUCUCUGCGACAUUCACGGAAGAGGAUGACAGUAGCAGCGGUGAUGAGUAUGACUUUUCCGGCGACCGAACAGAACUCGGCAUGCGCGAGGCAGAGCUCCUGACUGCGACCUGACACACCAAUUUCUAUUCAACGUUUGCGGGCAGAAAUGGCGCUAUGAUAUUUCCACGGUUUCCAGACGUUUCGCAUCGAUUCUUGGGCCAUACAACGCACAGAUGAUUAACAUGGAUGACAUCUGGCCUGCCAGUCUCCGGAAUACUUUGAGGCGAAAGGUCCACCAACAGCUUCUGGACCGAGACAGGGGCACCACUACCAGUAUCAGGGGACAGGAAAGAUGCUGGCUAUGACCCCGUAGGCCGUCAAAUGCCGUGCCGUGUCUCGGUUCGGUGACAGUCGUGAGCGCCCUCAUAUGGUCGGAGAUCUAUUUUGGGUUAGUCGAUUGCCCUGAUCAUGUUG